CGUGCCGCCAUGCUGCCGAAAUUCCUUCCAUGCAUUGACAUGUAUGAACCAAUUGGCUUGCCCAGCCCUUGAUAGGUCCUGACUGUCGGUUGUUUAAGGUCAUUGCAGCAGGAUACCCCUCUCAGCGCGACUAUGCCCAUAUGCGAUAAACCGACGUGGAUACAGCAUGGGGGAGCCGCAAUCCAAGGCGUGGAUAUCGACCCGUCAGGUCAACGCAUUGCUACAUGUGGGAAUGACAACAAAGUCCGCAUAUGGUCCAUGCGGCCCGUGCUCUCCGAAGCCGCGGAGCAAGACCCUGCCGUACCAAAGCAGCUCGCUCUCCUAGGCGACUCCACGACGCCAGUCAACUGCGUGCGCUUCGCGCCCUCCGGACGCCUGCUCGCGUCGGGCUCAGAUGACGCGGACUGCUACAUCUACGAAAUGCAUGAGGGGCGAGGUACCGCGGUCUUUGGCAGCGGCGAGGCGGCCAACAUUGAGAACUGGCGGUUGAAGUCCCGGUUGCGGGGCCACGUCACAAACGUUGCCGACAUCGCGUGGGCCCCCGACAGCCGCCGCCUUGCCACAUGCUCUGUGGACAAUAAGGUUAAGGUAUGGGAGGUCUCCAGCGGGCACUGCAUUCGUACCCUGGAGGGGCACAUGGGCCACGUGAAGGGUGUCGCAUGGGACCCCUUUGACUUCUUCCUAGCCAGCCAGGGCGACCGCGAGGUGAUCGUGUGGCGGCUGGAGGACGGAGAGCAGGUAGCUCGCAUCACCGAGCCCUUUGUAAACGCACCCAUCGUCAGCUUUGCGCUGCGUCCCUCCUGGAGCCCCGACGGCCAAACGCUGGCGCUGCCCAACGGUCUUGACAAGGGCAUGCACAUUGUGUCGCUGCUGCGGCGAAACGUUUGGACGACGUACGACUUUUCGCUGGUGGGCCACACGGGCCCUGUAACGGCUGUUCGCUACAACCCGCAUCUGUACUACCCGCCACGCGUGAAGCAAGCGGAUGGGACGGCAGCAGCAGCAGCAGCUCCCGCAGAUGGCGAUGCCGGUGUGGAUGAGGACAGUGUGGGCGGCGUGGUUACCGUGGGGUCCACGGAUAAGCGCUUCUCGCUGUGGCACCAAGCGUUGGAUCAGCCCUCGCUGAUAUGCAAGAGGUUCUUUAAGAGCCUCAUUAACGACUUUGCAUGGACGCCCGAUGGUAGGGUGCUUGUGGCGGCUUCGUACGAUGGCAGCAUCGCGGCACUCGUGUUUGACGAGGGCGACCUGGGUCGCCGCGUGCCGGAGGCGGAGGUACAGCAGCUGCUGUCGCAGUUGUACGGCGACCCCCGGCUCCGCAACCAGAAAAGCGCACUCACAGCGGCGCCCGACCUGCUCCAGUUGGAGGCGCGUGCACGAGCGGAUGUGGAGCGCGAGGAGCGGCUCAACAGCAGGUUGGGUGCGGGUGCAGGGGCGGGACCAGGGCCAGUGCCACCGCCCUCUAGCGGGGCGGCCGGGCCUCUAGCACGACCACCGCUGGUCCAGGUCAACGGAGGCCCCAAUCCCGCAGCUGCGGCGACCGGAACGGCGGCGGCUGCGGCGGCAGCCACACGCCCUCCUGGUGCAGCACCCUCUUCCCUGGGACCCGCCCGCAUUCAAGUCGGAGGGCCCAGGCCGCCCAGCCCCGCCAAGACGGCAGGCGCUGCUGCAGCGGCCGCUGCCAGGGGUGUGGGUGCAGCGGCAGCCGGUGCGGGCCCCAGCGGGCGGGACCCAGACCAGCCGCCCGCUAAGCGCGUCGCAGUGCAGCCGGCCGGCAGCGCGGGGGGGCCGGCGGGGGCGCGCAUGGCGCCUGGGGCCGCAGCACCCUCCUCCUUGGGGGGGCGGCCGCUUGGCGGCAAUCUGGGGGGUGCAGCCGCGGAUGGGGCGGGGGCGCCAGGGGUGGGGCCAGCUGGGCCGGGAGCAGGCGGUGCUGCUGUGCCUGUGCCGCCAGCUGUGCUGGUCCCGCCGGACCCAGUGAAGCCGCACAUGGCCAUCUUGAUACACGCGCAGACGGGCAAACCGGGGGAGCCGCAGAUCCCUCUGGAGCUGCAGGCGCUCAACACGGGCCACGACGCGCGCAACCGCCCCACCGCCGAGCUGGUGUGUCUGGCGGGCGGGUCGCGGCAGUGGGGCGACGCGGUGCAGGGGCACAUCGUGGCCAUGGCGGGCAGCAGCCGGCUGGCGGCGGUGUCCACAUCGCAGGGGGACCUCAUGGUGUACAGUCCCGCGGGUCGGCGGCUGUUCCCGCCCAUCCGUCUGAGCGGCCCCGCCGCCUUCCUCAGUGUGGCCGCGGGCAGCUCGCUGCUGCUGGCGCUGCUGUCGGACGGACAGCUGCGGCUGUGGGACUUUGCGGCGGGGGAGGUGCUUCUGGACACCAGUGUGGCGCCGCUGCUGCUGGCGGGAGGAGGGCAGCCGCCCAGAGUCACCUCUGCCCGCAUCAGCUCCUCCGGCUCCCCCGUGCUGGUGCUCUCCAACGCGCACGCCUACGUGCACCACGCGGGGCUGCGCAGCUGGGUGCGCGUGGCGGACGACGCAUUCCCCGCCUCCGCCUACGCCACCAACCUCACCGCCGCGUCAACUGGGGAGCUCAGCCGGCGGCGGCGCACGCGGGCCGCCCCGCCGCCGCCGCUCGCUCGGAGCAGGCGCUGCUGGAGCACAACCUGGCUGCCGCGGCGGCGCUGCAAUCGGCCGCGGAGUGGCGGCUGUGGCUGGUGACGUACGUGAGGCGACUGGCGGCGGAUGAGGAUGAGCCUCGCCUUCGGGAGCUCAUCUCCGAGCUGAUGGGCCCCCUGCGCUGGUCGCCCGCAUCCCACCCGCCUGCGUCUGCAACAACCACCCUGCCAGGCGCCCCCGGCCUGGGUCUAGGCCUGGGCCGCAGUAUGAGUGGCGGCAGUGCAGGCGCCGCGGGGGCCGCUCCCUUCGGCAGUGAGCCGCCCGCGCUGGCCUGCUCGCUGCUGGGCCCGGGUCGCUGGUCUCCCUGCUUCCUGGGUCUAGACAAGCGGCGGCUGUUGCGGGAGGUGGUGCUGAAGGAGGUGGCGAAGAACCGUGCGUUCCAGCAGCUGGUGGCGGAGGUGCUGGACCAGCUGCGGCAACUGGAGGGGCCGCCGCAGCAGCAUCAGGCGGCCGCACGCAUGGGCAGCGGCGCGGGGGCUGCACUGGGAGCAGCGGUAGCGGGGCCACAAGGGGCGGGACAUGGUGCUGCGGGUCUGGGGCCCUCUCGGCAGCUGCACAUGCAGCAACAACAGCUGCACCCGCAGCAACAAUACCCUCGUCAGCAGCAGCAGCAGCAACAACAACCACAAGCCGUGCAGCAACAACCACAGCAACAGCAGCAUACGGAGCAUAUGUGUAUAGGGUAGCUGGGAGGGGGGAAGUGUAACCUUGCUAUGUAUACUCGUUGACCCUCGUUGACUUGUGCAGGUUUGCGCAUUUCUGCGGCGUUUCUUCGCCCUGUACAUGACUUUACACAACGCUCGUGUGUCUCAUUGGCUGUUGCGUGUUCGUUUGGUGGGUAGCUUGUUUUGAAAGGUGGUAACCGGUUGGGCCGGAGUUGGGAUGCAGCCUGUCUGGAGGCCUCUGCCCAGCACCAUUAU